AUGGCAGGCCCAUAUCAAGGAUCAAAAAGACAUAGAUCCCCUAGAGAUGCCCCGGGGAGAAAAAGGGUACCCAGUUUAGGGUCAUCUACAGCAAAAAAAGAUUCGGAACACCUCCGGAUAGGUGACAGGAAUGAGGCAAAGGACGAUGAUGACGAUGAUGACAACCUCAUGGUACUGAGCAAAGAGGAUUUUGAGAACGCUAUCAAAUUGGUUACAAACAAUAAAAUCAACAAUGUUAAUACAUGGGAGGUGAAGCUCAUUGAAUAUUUUUACGAUAUGAAUCAUUUGAAAUCAGACGAUGGUGUAUCCAUCAAUUUCCAGAUGGCUUCUGCAACUUUGGACGGUUGCACGAAAGUCAUUUCCAAACGAGUAGAUUCGGUAGGGGUUGAUACUGAUGCGUUGAUUCAAAUACUAGCUAUAAACAGUGACUCCAAAUCCAGAAAAAAGAAAUCCAGAGCGGAAGACGAUGAAGAUGAUGACAAUCAGAAUGACCCCGAUUAUCAAGGGAGCAAGAAAAGUCGCCAGGAUAAAACAGGAAGGGAAGCGGACAAAUUUCUAUCAAUGGAAAAGCUCAAAUUCAACGAUCGCCAUAUCCAAUUUGCCACUAUUGAUCCUGUUUUUCGUAAAAUGCUUGCAGAUUUUGACGAAGGGGGAGCUAAAUCGUUAUUGUUAAAUAGUCUUAGAAUGUCAAACGAAGGACGUGUUGUAUUUGAUGAUACAACAACCACAUCUUCUGCUUCUGAUGGACACGAUCUUAGUUCUUCAGUUGACUUCACAGUGAAACCAGAAAAUAAUGCAAACAUAGACGACCAAAUGGAGACGACCAAUGGUAAACCUACAAUUGCCGAUGUUGAUCUGAAAGACGAAGAAAUGACAAUUGAUUUAUUGCACAUAUAUCAAAAUGUUGUUCGAGACCCAAGAUUCGACUCAUUGGAUAUUUGUCAUGAGAUUACAGAAAUCAAGAGCAGUAUAGAAGAUGUAGAGUAUGGCAAGCAGUUUGUCAACAAGAUAAACCAAAGAAUGAAAGAAGAUGAGAAAAAACUCGAUCUCGACACUCCAGAAUUUAAUGUGGAGUAUGAUUAUGAUAUUGAUAAUUUUGAUUUGAACGAUAACAACGUAGACUCUGUGAACAAUUUCAACCUUUCAGAAGUCACCAAUUUGAGCACAGGGAACUCCUCUGCAAACCCUGAAAACUAUAAGUUGUACAAUGACAACGGUUUUAAUGCUAAUGAACCUUUCCUUGAUGAAGAGGAAGUCAUAAAAAAAGAGUCAAUUUUGAUGGCAGAAUUAGAUAAGAUACCCAGCGUAAGAAAACGCCAACAUUGGAAAAUACGUGCUAUCAACUCAAACUCAAGGAUAGCUGGUGAGAAUGACAAGGAAUCCAUAUUUACCAACAACGAAGGUGACUCCGCUUCUAAUUCAAUUUCCAAAAAUACUAAAUCGAUCAAAGAAAUCAAGAAAAUGAAAAAAAAAGAAUAUAUUAUUGACUUCAUGAACGAUUCCACGGAUGCUGAUACUUCGAUUCUUUUCAAGAAAGCAGCACGUCCGUUGAGAUCAUUGAAUCCCGAUCAAAUUAACUCCGAAAUGACCACUUUACCAGAUUUGAAAUCGUGGAGUUCCGAGAGAUUGGUCAAAUCAUUGCUGAAACCGAAGCGAAGGCUGAGGAACGUUUUCACUAAAAGGACAUCUUCAGCCUCUGCAUUGUAUGCCGACCGUGAGUUUUGGGCUGCUAAAUAUAAUGACAAGACUACAAAGCCAUCCGAGGAAAUUGAUCAGGAUGCCGCAGAUUUUUUAUAUGAGGUGAUGGACAAACCUUUAGAGGAAAACAUUGAUUCUAGUGUGAAUAACGAAAACGCUGUUGACGAGUUUGAUGGCGGUUUUGAUCCGGGUGUUUAUGAUUUUGAUGCUCCAAUUGACGACCAGAAAUUGGUCAGUGACGAAACUGGACCUAAUAGCCAGAUACCUGGUUCAUUAGGAACUGAUGUGAUCAAAGCAGCUAAACCAUCUUGGCAUACAGACAGUAUUCAUUUUGAAAAGAGAUCCAAAAAAAUUAAUGUUCGUUUGCUAAAGCAAAAUCUUUGGAAUGUUACCCAGCAACAUGUAACAGAGAUAAAAAAUGAGUCUUCAUUUUUGUCGGAAAAAGAAAAAGCCAGUGACCUAAAAUUAUCUGAUAUUGUGAAAGAUACGUACAAAAAAUACCAAGGAAGGGAGAAAUCUGAUUUGUCGACAUCGUUUUUUUUUAUUUGUAUGUUGCAUAUUGCAAAUGAAGAAGGCCUUCAUAUUGAGAAAACUGAUGACCUGUCUGAUGUAAUUAUUCACGCAUGA